AUGGUUUCAUUCGCUUCAUUUGUAGGCCUUCUAUUUUUGGUUGGAUUUGCAAGGUGUGCUAAUGACACUAACAGUUCAGCAAUCAAUAUAACCGGCAACGCUUUCUUCAAUUCAGCAACUGGUGAAAGAUUUUAUAUCAGAGGUGUUGAUUACCAGCCAGGUGGGUCUUCGAAUUUGACAGAUCCGUUAGCUUCUCCUACUAUCUGCAGAAGAGAUAUUCCAGUCUUCCAAGAAUUGGGCAUCAACACAAUUAGAGUCUAUACCGUUGAUAAUAGUUUAGACCAUCAAGAAUGCAUGGAAAUGCUACAGCAUGCAGGCAUAUAUUUAAUCCUUGAUGUCAAUACACCUGAUAGUUCAAUUUCUCGUAGCAACCCAAAUUGUUCCUAUAACACUGACUAUUUGCAGAGCAUCUUUGCAACUGUGGAUGCCUUCGCCAAUUAUGACAAUGUCCUUGGAUUCUUUGCUGGAAAUGAAGUUAUCAACCAGGUGAAUAACACCUAUACCGCACCAUAUGUGAAAUCUGUUGUGAGAGAUAUGAAGAGGUACAUCAGAACUAGAGGCUAUAGGAGAAUUCCUGUUGGGUACUCGGCCGCUGAUAUAUCUUCUAAUAGACAACUAGUUGCGGAAUACUUCAAUUGCGGUGAUGAUGCAGAUGCUAGAAUUGAUAUGUUCGGUGUCAAUGACUAUUCAUGGUGCGGUAGAUCUUCAUUUCAAGUUUCGGGAUACUCUACUAAGAUGCAAAUUUAUCAGGAUUAUUCGGUUCCCAUUUUUUUGAGUGAAUUCGGAUGCAAUGAGGUUCCCAGUUCAAGACCGUUUACUGAAAUUGGCUCCAUUUAUUCUUCUCGGAUGUCUUCGGUUUUCUCUGGUGGUUUGGUGUAUGAGUACUCUAAUGAAGAUAACAGAUACGGUUUGGUUCAAAUUGAAAGUGAAACUGAGGUUACCAGGUUACCAGACUUCUAUAAUCUGAAAUAUGAAUAUGGUAACACUUCCAACCCUUCUGGCGGCGGCGGUUACUCGACGUCAAAUGAUCAUUCUAGUUGCCCAGAUUAUGAUGCAGGUACAUGGGAAGCAAAUAACACUAUUCCAGAGAUGCCCAGUGCUGCCUCUGCUUAUUUUAGAAGUGGAGCAGGUGCUGCGCAAGGAACUGGGUUCCUCACUCAAGAUAGUUGUUAUAACGAUGCCUCUGACAAUGAUGACGACUCCUCCUCGAGUUCAUCUUCAUCAUCAUCCUCAUCAUCAUCCUCUUCUUCUACUUCCUCAGCUGCUUCUUCAAGCGGGAUUUCCAGUUCUUCCGCAACUCCAUCAUCAUCAUCAUCAUCUUCCAGAGAAAGUUCAAGCAGUUCAAGAGGUUCGGCAGCAGUUCUAGAGACUCCCUUAUUCUUCCAAAUAAUAUGCGAAAUGUUCAACAUGAUGUUCUAG